AUGUCUAUGAAACAGAAUAACCACGAGAUAAGGACAGUUUUUGAUGUACCAAAUGAAACUAACAAAAAAAGAGAAGAGUUAUUAGAUAAUGUAAUUGAAAGUAAUAGUCAAGAAAAGGAAGAAAUUAUACAAUGUGAAUGUUGUGAAAUGAUGGAAGAAUGUACUGUUGAUUAUAUCGAGCGUGUGAAGAGUUGUAAUUGUGGUAAAUGGGUUUGUGGAAUGUGUUCUGAGGCCGUAAAAGAAAGAGCAUCAAGAAAUUUUGGAUCAAGCAUGGAAGAAGCUUUAAGUUCCCAUUAUGAAGUUUAUCGUAAAUUCAACAAAACUACAAGAUUGAAUCCGAAACUUUCUUUGGCAACAACAAUGAUUGAUAUAGCAAGGAGAAGUUCACAAGAAAGAUAUAAUACUUUUACGAAGAAAAUGAAAUCAUCCAAGAUGUUAAAGAAUGCUCAGAGUAUCUAG